AUGGCCCCUUCAACACAAAAGCAGCUGGUAAUCACCGGCUCCACCAGGGCGUUCGACGACCUCAAGCUCGAGACCGACGCCCCCGUGCCCAAGCCCGGUGAGAACGAAGUCCUGGUCAAGCUGCACGGCGCGUCUCUCAACUACCGCGACCUCAUCAUCCCUCGCGGCCAGUACCCAUUCCCUCUCGACCUGCCAGUGGUCGCGGGCUCCGACGGCGCCGGCGAGGUCAUCGAGGUGGGCAGCAAGGUCAAGGAGUUCAAGGUGGGCGACCGCGUCGUCACGCUCUUCAACCAGGGCCACCAGCACGGAGCCGUGACUCUCUCGUCGUCCGCCACCGGUCUCGGCGGCGUCCUCGACGGCACCCUGAGGCAGUACGGAGUGUUCGCCGAGACGGGCCUCGUGCGCGCGCCCGAGAACCUCGACUUUGUCGAGUCGGCAUCCCUCACCUGCGCCGGCCUGACCAGCUGGAAUGCUCUGUACGGCUGCAAGCCCGUCAAGCCGGGCGACGUGGUGCUGGUGCAGGGCACGGGCGGCGUGUCGCUGUUUGCGCUGCAGUUCGCCAAGGCGGCCGGCUGCACCGUCAUCGCGACUUCGAGCUCGCAGGACAAGCUCGACCUGCUCAAGAAGCUGGGCGCGGACCACGUCAUCAACUACAACGAGGAUAAGAACUGGGGCGAGACGGCGCGCAAGCUGACCAAGGGCGGCGAGGGUGUUGACAACAUCAUCGAGGUUGGUGGGCUUGGCACCUUUGAGCAGUCACUCAAGGCCAUCAAGUAUGAGGGCAUCAUCUCCGUCAUUGGAUUCCUGGGCGGCGCCGCAGGUGAGAAGAUGCCUAGCGUCAUUUCCAGCUUGAGCAGCAUCUGCACCAUCAGGGGAACCUACGUCGGUCCCAGAAGCAUGAUGGAGGAUAUGGUUCGCGCCAUCGAGGUCAACAACAUCCACCCCGUCAUGGACAAGACUGUCUUUUCGCUUGACCAGAUCAAGGAGGCGUACGAGUACAUGUGGAACAAGAAGCACAUUGGCAAGAUGAACAUCAAGAUCGACUAA